CGGAGCCCAUCGGAGACGCACCAGAGGAUCACCAUGGCGCAAGACAUGCGAGCGCUGCGGGACUACGUGACGGCAAUGGAUGGCCACCAGUACGACAAUGUACCUGAAGGCGUCGUGUGUCUGCUCAUCACGCACAGCAACCUUCAGCUGCAGAUGGUUGAUAUCCGGCUGGACUUGCACGGCACCAUUGGCGAGCUUCGGCACAAAUUGUACCAGCACACAGGCACCAAGCCGGACGCCAUGGAGUUGCUGGUCAUACGCAGCGACGGAUCGGUGUACGCCCGUCUAGAUGAUGACCAGAGAAUGUUGGGCUUUUAUAGCCUGGAGAACGGCAUGCGGCUGCACGUCGUGGAUAAGGAUCCAUUUUCACUCUCGAAAGGCGGCGGCCUGGAGGACGUAUCGCUCGUCAAGAAGUACGAGAUCUCCGAGGAGGACUACAACAAGCGCGAGAAGACUGUGCGUGCGUACAAGAGGGAGCAGCUUGCUAAGGACCCCAACUGGAAGCCCAAGGCCAUGAUGAAUGUCACUAAACCGACUGUGGAUCCUGCAGCGCUGCCAGGCCCAGAGACUGUUGUAAACUUGAAGGUUGGCGACCGAUGUGAAGUGCAGCCCGGGGGUCGUCGUGGACAGGUGCAGUACCUGGGAGAGAUUCCAGAGAUCGCUCCGGGCUACUGGGUCGGAGUGCAGUUCGACGAGCCUGUGGGCAAAGGUGACGGCUCUGUCAAGGGCGCAACUUACUUUAAGUGCGAGCAGAAGUAUGGCGGAUUCAUUCGCCCUCAUAACGUUGCAGUGGGCGAUUUCCCGGCAUUAGAUCCAUUCGCAGAUCUUUCAGACUCUGAUGACGAUGAACUGUAGUCUGCGUUGAAGCCAGUAUGUCCUGAAGCUAGGCAAUAGGUAGCUAACAACAGCCCGCAGUAUUUGUCGGUCAGCCCCGCGUAGUCUGCUGUAUCAUACACAACACAGCGGACUCCAAACACCAGACAGGAAAUCAACUCUAACUUACUUUCCACAGUGUUUCCUGCUCUGCUAAUACGCUUGCUACUUUGCUUUCCGAGGUCUCCGUCGUCCAGCCAACACUGCCAGACUAGGGAUUAUUUUCAGCCACCGCAGCAUGUAAACUGAGAACCACCUUACACCUCGGCCUUGCGCGUGAUCUCCUCGACGUUCCAGCGCUUGCGCUUGGACAGUGGGCGAGUGCCUGACAGACGCACGAAGUCGCCGAUGUUGCAGGCGUUCUCCUCGUCGUGGGCCAUGAAC